CGGCGCCAGCGCGAGGACCCGGCCCGGCUCCCUCAGGCUCUGCAGGAUGGGUGACGACCGGCCCUUCGUGUGCAGCGCCCCGGGCUGCGGACAGAGGUUCACAAACGAGGACCACCUGGCGGUCCAUAAACACAAGCACGAGCUGACAUUGAAAUUCGGCCCCGCUCGCACCGACUCCGUCAUCAUCGCAGAUCAGACCCCGACCCCGACGCGGUUCCUGAAGAACUGUGAGGAGGUGGGGCUGUUCAACGAGCUGGCCAGCUCCUUCGAGCACGAGUUCAAGAAAGCUGCUGAGGAGGAUGAGAAAAAGAGCUCGGGGGCCCUGGACAUGUCGCUGCCCUCCACCCCGGAGGUCAGGGUCAAGGAGGAGGAGCCGCUCGAGGUGGAUUCGUCGCCGCCCGAGAGCCCCGCGGCGCGGCCCCGCUCGCCCCCGCACCGGGACAGGGACAGGGACAAGGAGGGCCCCCCCAAGGCCGUGAUCCUGUCCACCCCCACGCCCACCAUCGUGCGCCCGGGCUCGCUGCCGCUGCACCUGGGCUACGACGCCCUGCACGCCGCGGCCACGCUGCCGUCCCCCACCUCGGUCAUCACCCAGGCACCGCCCUCCAGCCGCCAGCUGGGGUCUCCCAGCUCCUCCCUCCCUCUCGUCGUGCAGCUCGCCAAUGGCCAGACCAUGCCCGUGCUGCCCGGGCCCCCCGUGCAGAUGCCUUCUGUCAUUUCGCUGGCCCGGCCCCUGGCCAUGGUGCCCAACAUCCCUGGCAUCCCUGGGCCCCCCAGCAGCAGCAGCAGCGGCAGCAGCAGCAGCGGGUCCCUGUCGCCCUCAGCGCUCCCAGUGCACUCUGAAGCCAAAAUGAGGCUGAAGGCCAGCCUGGCAGCCUCCUCCUCGCUGAACGGCAGCAGCCUGGCCGUGGGCUCGGCCAGCACCAUGGUGACCGCGCGGCCGGAGCAGAGCCAGGGGGGCCAGCACCCCGACACCCCCUCGCCAGCGCAGCCACAGGUGUCCCCAGCCCAGCCUGUGCCCAGCUCGGGCGGCCGCAGGCGCCGUGCUGCUGACGAGGAUCCGGACGAGCGCCGGCAGCGCUUCCUGGAGCGGAACCGCGCGGCCGCCUCGCGCUGCCGGCAGAAACGCAAGCUCUGGGUGUCCUCGCUGGAGAAGAAAGCCGAGGAGCUGACGAGCCAGAACAUCCAGCUGAGCAACGAGGUGACGCUGCUCAGGAACGAGGUGGCUCAGCUGAAGCAGCUGCUGCUGGCCCACAAGGACUGUCCCGUCACAGCCCUGCAGAAGAAGACCCAGGGCUACCUGGAGAGCCCCAAGGAGAGCUCGGAGCCCUCGGGCUCGCCCGCGCCCGUCAUCCAGCACAGCUCGGCCUCAGCCGCGCCCAACGGGCUCCGCUCGGCCGCCGAGGCCGUGGCCAGCUCGGUGCUGGCCCACAUGGCCGGGCAAAGGACAGAGCUGGCCGUGCCCGCGGCCUCGCCCGUCAUCAUGGCCCCACAGUCGCACUCUGCCGGCAGAUGAUGGCCCCGGGCUGGGGGCACCCACACGGACUGAGCACAGCCUGCACCGCCCGCGGGGCGCGGGGCCUUCCCUGUCCUGUCUGGGGCCUGU